AUGAAGUUUGAAGGUUUCCAACUUUCAUUGAAUGCCUGUCUGCUCUCUACUGCACGCGUCGUGGCCGUCUUUGUGGCUUUACUUUGUGGCGAGGACGUGACGCGUCACGUGAAUGACUUUUUAAGCGUCUCAAAUCAAGUUGAGCAACAGCAGAAAAAAAUUAUUUAUUUGAAAAUUCAGCAUAAGAAAAUUCUAAACAAAAAUUUGAGAAGAAACAUUAGUUGCAGUGAACUCAUUAACGUCAGCAACAACAACAUCAGCAACGACGACAUCAUCAACAACUACAUCUGCAUCAUCAACGACAACCACAUCAACAACCACAUCAGCAAAAUCAACAACAUCAACAACAACAAAGACACUGUUGAAGGGAGAUAA